GGUUUGGGCCAGCUGAUUUCCGGCGUUAAUAGCUAAAUAUACUGCCGUCAGUCUAGAGCUGGCUCUGCUGCUUUUAUCGAGCGAAGAUAAUCAUCCCUUCGGAUGGAAAUGCCUCACGUAGCGGUUACCCGAUAAAAAGAUCGACGUUUUAGUGUUUAAUAUCGUUGUUUUUUUUGUCGGUUUUACAUCGCCUGUGUUUUAAGUUAACGUUUAGAAGGGGAAGAUUUAUAGGUAUUUGUGCAUUUUGGGUCCUCUUCCCUGAUGCACAAUAGUGGUGUAAAUUGCGAAGUCUUGCUCGCGAAUUAACAGUCCCUGUUGUCGGUUUUCCUGCUCGUAUAGCGCCCGGCCGUGCAUCCCCAUCACGCCGAGCGGUCGUACCUGACGGCUGGCGCUUUAUCCACACGGUGCUGCUGUCCUCACAUCUGGCCGACCAGGUCGCCCGCGAUCUCGGUCAGUUAUUUUGUGCUUGUGUGUGAAAGAACUCUCCCAAUUUAAAUAAUAUCACCUAUUUAAAUUAUUCGUGUUGGACGUUAAAUGUGCAGCCGUCUGAGUGGAGGUUUUUCGUAAGCGUCCGUCUAUUAACGAACUGUUAUUCUUAGUAGAAAACGACGAACUAAGCGAGCCGUCAGCGUCUCGUCGCCUCCGAUGGGCGCACGUUUCGCUGCCCGUUAGGUACCAUAUGAUGCUGUUUUGAUGUGACGGCGUGGUCCAUUUGUUAGUAGCCGUGCUGGUGUAAAGAUCACGGUGAGGAAGACGAGGGCGAAACAGUGAGGGGGUCGCCCGUUUCCCUACCCCCGACGAUCUAACGCCCCUGAUAGAGAAGCAUGACCCCGCAGAAGGACCCCGAUACGGUGAACCUUCGGCUGAUUCUGGUCAGCGGGAAGACGAAAGACUUCACGUUCUCCCCUGAUGAUUCGGCGAGUGACAUUGCAAAGCACGUCUUCAACAACUGGCCCCUGGGCUGGGAGGAAGAACAGGUGAGCAGCCCCAGCAUCCUGCGGCUCAUCUACCAGGGCCGGUUUCUUCAUGGCAACGUGACUCUUGGAGCCUUAAAACUUCCCACUGGAAGGACCACCGUGAUGCACCUUGUUGCCAGAGAGACCUUGCCAGAGCCGAACUCUCACGGACAGAGAAACCGGGAUAAGAACACAGAGAGCAGUUGCUGCCUGCUAUUAUAAACUCCUUUGCUGCAUCCUCUUUCUCCCCCCCCCCCCCCCCCCAGUUUCCCAUGGCAUGCCUGCUCUGGCAUCGUCCCUGGUGGACUCUCCCUUCAAAUCAAUAAGUACUCAUUUCAGCCAAUAGUGAUAAUUAACCGAAGCCACGGAUGCUGGACGGUCAGACUGUGGUGCCUCGCAGGGCUGGAUACGUGGGUUUGCACCCACCUGCUCCCUUACUUCCCUGAGCUGUAUAUUUCCCAAAAUAAGCCUUUCAUCUCUAACGUGAGGAUUGUGUAGUAUACAGCAUUUUGGGAGUUAACGCCUUAACACUCAGGCUACCCCUGAACAGCAUACGGGGAGUGCUGUUGUGCCCGGUUACUGCUGGGGGGGGGGGACCCAGCUGUAUGUGUGUGCUUAAUGCCGUCCAUGCAGACAAAUGCCACGUCGAUGUCAUAAUUAAGCACAGAUAGUUUUUCAUUGGCUGCAGAAGCUGGGCGUGACAGUAGAGCUUAUGGUGUCUCACGGGCUUUGUGACCCUGGAUGGGCAUGGGGUGGGGGUCUUGGGGGGGUGCCAGGACUCUGUGACCAUUAUAGGCAGACAAGUUAUUCAAACUAAAACAACCCCCUGCCCUCCAUGCUGAAAUAGGUAGGAUCUGAGAAAUCGGGGGGUUGCUGUUUCUACAGUAGGAACUAAUCAGUUUGGGGGUGGGUAAUAGCCUGGUCUCCAAUGGAGAGAUAAGCUAGCCUUUCACCUCCUGUAUGGAUAGAUGUAGUCAUUUUGCUUGCUGAUGAAAUUCUGAAGUUUUAUUACUGUUUUUGUUUAUGAUAUGUUUUAAAAAAAAAAAAAAAAGUGUUGUAUUAAAUUGGUCUCUUUCUGUUCCCUGGGUGUGCUUGUGCUUGGGGGCUGGGGGAGGGGGUACAUUCCGUGUGGUUUUUGGGAAAUGGAGUCUUCUAAGAUGUAAUCUGAGCACUCGCAUCUGCCAGCAUCAUAACUGACCUUGUGCUGUAAAUAUUAAACGAGGAGAAUUCACUUGUGCUCAUAAGUGGUA